UAUUUUGGCUUGAUCAUAGGUUGAAAAUAAAUUGUGAAGGAGUGAUUUAAUGCAGCAGCAGUGACAGAGCGGACGGGAUUCUCCUACUUUUUCAUUUUCUCCUGUUAUUAGGCUUACAGAGGCUUCCUUUUGAUUCAUUGCGUCAUCUUGAAGAAACAUCUUGAAGAAUGAGGACCUUGAUGUCUGUGAUGUUCCUGGUGCUCUUCUGCUCUGUGCAGAUGGCUUCAAGCGCUGUCAUCUCAAUUGCCGUGGCACAGUCUAGGUGCUGCACAGAGUUCAGUGACGUGAAGAUCCCUGUGAAACUGGUGGAGUCUUAUUUCUGGACCAGCAGCAGCUGUGACAGACGAGCGAUUGUGUUUCAGACGAAAUCAGGGAAACAGAUCUGUGUAGAUCCAGACACCACCUGGGUCAGCGGUCAUGUUGAUAAACUGGACAAAAAAACAAAAGUCUAAAAGAAGCUAUUGUUUCUAUUUGAACUAUGCAUUUCAUAUUGUAUAUGUCAAACCUUGUGCUAUUUCCAGUAUAUUCUGUAUAAUAUUGUAAUUUUACAGAAUAGUUUAUGUGAUUGGGUUCAGGUGUUUCAAUAAAAUAUCAAAUAUACUAAAUAUCAAA